CAUUUCCCGGUCCGACCUUCUCAUAUAAAUACGCAGGGUUACUAGACAAGAGUUCGUCAGAAAAUACGAACCCAAUGAUUCCUAUAUGUCCAGUGGUCUCCUUCACCUAUGUGCCCAGCCGGCUUGGUGAAGAUGCCAAAAUGGCUACUGGCAACUACUUUGGAUUUACCCACGGUGGUGCUGCACAGUACAGACACUCGACUGCUAUUCAACCAGAUUUUCCAUAUGGAUCGAACUGUGGCUUCUGUCAGCAGCCAGCUGCGGGGGUGGCCUACACCCACCCUACCACCGUGGCCAGCUACACCGUACACCAGGCACCGAUGGCGGCCCACUCCGUGGCAGCAGCCUACGCUCCCACCGGCGCCGCCGUUGCCGUAGCCAGGCCUGCCCCUGUCGCCGUGGCAGCAGCAGCCACUGCCGCAGCCUACGGCGGGUACCAACCGGCGCACGCCACCGCUGACUACGGCUACGCACGCCAGCCGGAUGUCCCCCCGCCGCCCCCCCCGGUCACGUCCCAGAACUACCAGGUAGGAUACCAGGACUCCUACUCCUACGUACGGCCCACGGCCCCAGCGGUAACCUACGACCCUAAGCAGUACUACCAGCAACCCGUAGCUAGCUCUGCGGUAGCCGCUGCGGUAGCCGUACAGCCCCAACCCACUGCCGAGUCCUACUACCAGACCGCCUCCCUCAACACAUCCUGGGACACCACGUGGAAGAAAGCUCUACCAGCCCCUAAGACAGGCUACAGCCAGGCCAGUCUGACCCCCUACACCCAGACCCAACAGUCUCGUCAGGUGACGGCCAUCAAGCCUGUUACUCCCUCCCCCGCCUCCUCCACAUUCUCCAUUUACCCCGUGUCCACCGUUCCGCCUGCCGUCGCCUCCGUCGUCCCCUCCUACUCUCAGAGCCCCACGUACUCCACCAACGCAGUCACGUACUCUGGUACGUCGUACUCGGGCUAUGAAGCAGCGGUGUACUCUGCUGCCUCUACCUACUACCAGCAGCAGCAGCAGAAACAGGCUGUGGCAGCAGUCGCUGCUUCAGCAGGCUGGACAGGAAGCUCCUUCACCAAGAAAACUCCCUUCCAGAGCAAGCAGCUGAAACCCAAGCAGCCCCCCAAACCACCACAGAUCCACUACUGUGACGUCUGCAAGAUCAGCUGUGCAGGACCCCAGACCUACAAGGAACACCUGGAGGGUCAGAAGCACAAGAAGAAAGAGGUGGCCCUGAAGGCCUCCCAGAGCAGCAGCAGCAGCAGUAGUGGAGGAAGCUCAGCCCGGGGGACUCAGAACCAGCUACGCUGUGAGCUCUGUGACGUCUCCUGCACCGGGGCAGAUGCAUACGCUGCACACAUCAGAGGGGCCAAGCACCAGAAGGUGGUGAAGCUGCACACCAAGCUGGGGAAACCCAUCCCUUCCACAGAGCCCAGUGUCGUGACCCAGACCCCUACGUCCACCACGGCCUCCUCCUCCAAGACCCCCUCCUCCUCUACCACCCCCACAGGAUCCACCUCCAACUCUUCCUACCUGAAGCCGGUUAACAUCGGGAGCCAGGGUGGUGCGGGUGCCGGACUGGGGAAGGGUCUAGUGGGUAACAACUUAUCAGCAGCCAAUGCCACCACAGCUGUCAAGAAGUUUAACACCCCCAAGAUCAACUUUGUCGGGGGAAACAAGCUCCAGACUACCGGGAAGGUGACAGAGGAAACCAAGGUGGAGACAUCCAAGCCUCCUCCGCCCUCAUUGGUCCCCCAACCUCAGGAGACGAAGAACGAGUCCUCUGAUUCGCUGUCUACCCUGGCCGCCUUGCAGAAUGACGUGCAGCCUGUUGGACACGACUAUGUGGAAGAGGUGCGUAACGACGAAGGCAAGGUGAUCCGGUUCCACUGUAAGCUGUGUGAAUGUAGCUUCAAUGAUCCCAACGCCAAAGAGAUGCAUCUGAAGGGCAGGAGACACCGCCUGCAGUAUAAGAAAAAGGUGAACCCGGAGCUACAAGUGGAGGUGAAGCCUUCUAUCAGAGCCAGGAAGAUCCAGGAAGACAAGAUGAGGAAACAGAUGCAGAAGGAGGAGUACUGGAGGAGGAGAGAGGAGGAGGAGAGAUGGAGGAUGGAGAUGAGGCGUUAUGAGGAGGAGAUGUAUUGGCGUCGUAUGGAGGGGCAGCACCACUGGGACGAGAGACGUGGGGGGCCCAGGAUGCCAGGGGACGGACCWUACCUCCAGGGGCCCCCUGGCCCACCUGGACUACUGGGCGUUCGGCCUGGCAUGCCCAUCCCUCAGCCACAGGGACCUGUACCUCCUCGUCGGCCGGACUCGUCAGACGACCGCUACGUGAUGACGAAGCACGCGACCAUCUACCCCUCUGAGGACGAGCUGCAGGCCAUCCAGAAGAUCGUCUCCAUCACAGAGAGAGCCCUCAAACUGGUCUCAGACAUCAUCAUCGACCAGGACAAGACCAAGGAGACUACUGCGGAGGACAAGGAUAAGGACAAGGAUACAAAGGAGGUUCCCAAGACUCCCCAAGACCGAGCUCUGAAGGGGGUGAUGAGGGUGGGGGUGCUGGCUAAAGGACUGCUGCUYUGUGGAGACAACAAUGUCAACCUGGUCCUGCUUUGCUCAGAGAAACCCACCAAGAACCUGCUAAGCCGCAUAGUGGAGCAUCUUCCCAAGCAGCUGAUGGUGGUGACCCCAGAGAAGUACGAGGUGAAGGGUUCCAUCGAGGACUGUUCCAUCGUCCUGACGUCUGGAGCCGACCCCAAAAUGACAGUCACCAUCACCCUGACCUCCCCCAGUAUCCGAGAGGAGGAGGAGACCACACCUCCGCCGCGGGACGGAGAUGUAACCUGGGGCUUGGUGCGAGACCCAGCGGACGUCUUGGACAGGCAAAAAUGCCUUGCCGCUCUAGCGGCUCUGCGGCACGCUAAGUGGUUCCAGGCUAGGGCGAACGGACUCCAAUCCUGUGUGAUUGUUAUCCGUAUCCUGCGUGACCUCUGUCAGAGGGUCCCCACGUGGUCCGCCUUCCCCAGCUGGGCCAUGGAGCUGCUGGUAGAGAAGGCCAUUAGCAGUGCCUCUGGCCCCCUGAGCCCAGGCGACGCACUGAGACGAGUCUUUGAAUGUAUUUCCUCCGGAAUCCUGCUCCCCGGUGGCCCGGGAUUGGUCGACCCGUGUGAGAAGAACCCCACUGACAUGACAGCCAUGGGUGAGCAGCACAGAGAGGACAUCACCUCAAGUGCCCAGUUUGCUCUGCGGCUGCUAGCGUUCCGUCAGAUCCACAAGGUGCUGGGCAUGGACCCACUUCCCCAGACGAACCCCCGCUUCAACGUCCGCAACAACCGUAAGCGUCGCCGUGACAACAGCGACGGAACGGACGGAUUCGAGGGUGAAGGGAAGAAGGACAAGAAGGAUUUCGACAGUAGCUACUAGGACCCAUUUCCCCCCCCCCCAUCCCCUCUCCACCACCCCCACCCCAAUUCAUUUAAAGUAGUGUGUGGCCACGUUUCAGGCUGACUACAUUGCAGUCACCUGCCGGAUCUCACGACGCCUGGAUGUGUGUUUUUUUUAAGAUGAGAGCUAACCAUAAUCAUAUAGCAUUCUGAUGCUGGAUUGCACAGUCAAUAACGUGGCGUGCAACCAUUGGUUGAUGCCUGCACUGCGAUGUAGUCUGCCUGGAACGAGCCCUAUGUACUUCUGUCACCUACAGGUUGGUUUGUGUAAAUGCUCAAGACUAACAUCGGACAGGGCCUGGUCCUGUAAGCCAUGAGUAAAUCGGGGUUGUAUUCAUUUGGGCACGUAACAGAAAAUGUUUAACCAUUUUGCAAAAGGGGUUAAAGAAAAUUAGYAUCUCUAUUGUCAGUCCGUUUUUCUUCCGUUUUGGGGUGCCAAAUGAAUACGACCCAGUCUUGACUGAAUAAGCAUACUGCAGUACUCAGUUUGUCCACGAUGUUCUGUUUUGGUAGCGAUUUGAUAUGACCUGUGGUUGGGACACACAAACUUCUCCUUCCUAGCUGAUUCUACUUUUAUUUUUGACCCCCCUCUGUUUCUCCAGUAGAAGUUACCACGACAACGGGGCUUUCUUACACCAACCUUCUCCUUUUUUUAGACUUUAUUUUGUCCCGUCUUUUUUUUUUGUUAAUUUGGGUUACAGACUUUCCAGUUUUGUCGAGUUAUGAAAACGUAAACUAGAGUGAGAUCUGUUUUUGUUCCAGUUGUUGAUAGAUCAGGAAGAUGACAGUAAAUGUUGAUAGCUAACAUGCAUGCURUUUCUAGUUGCAUACAUUCUGUGUUGGCUGUUUUUAGUAAGUUUAAAUACCCAUUUAUAUGAAGCACAUAAUUCGAUCAGUCGUCAGUAAUGUUUUAUUUUCCUAUAAGCUGUAAUUUUUGAGUAGGAUCUUUCUUUUAAGUGUCAUAAUGCUUGUUAAAGUAGCGUAAAAGCUAUGGUCUUGUCCCAUUUUUAAGGCCAGACUGCAAUGUGUUCUAGUGUUUAACACAGGCCCCUUAACUGUGGUGUUGUACUACAUUUCUGAGGAAAACACUGAUUCCUAAUUUUGUUGUUUUGAAUGUAGCACUCUCUAAUAUAUAUAUAUAUAUGAAAAUAUACCUAUGAUAAUCUUGCAAUAGAUCAAAAAGUGUGUUUUUAGUUUGGAAGAACUCACGGCCGUGUUUUCAGAUUUUGUUAUUUGUAUUAUGGCUUUUAAUAUUUUUGGUUUAACAGAUUAUAAUGGGACAUUUAUUGGCCCCAAAUCUACAUACAUAUAGUUCAUUUGAAUAAUGUAUAGAAAAUG